GAUAAUUACGAUUUUGACAGUGCUAUGCAAUGUCUGGCUCUGGACUGUCUUCUUCAUGGUCUUUACUCGCAGAAUCAAAUAUGAUAUGCUGUUAUUUUUAGCUCCAGAAAAUAUCAUGUCUACUGAAAUUGAAAAGCUAAAGAAAGUAAAUUCUGAUUUAAAAGAAGAGCUUGAUAUAACAAAGGAGAAAGAAACAGCAAUGAUUCAAGAAAUGAGUGAACUAAAGAAAAAGCUAAAAGUUAAACAAGAAAGAUUUACAAAGUUUCAAAUAUUCCUUUUCAUUCUCGCUGCCAUCGUGAGUAUGUAUUUUUUGACUACUAAAGAACAGAGAAAUUUUAUUGCUCCUUUACCUGGUGCUGAAGUAAUCAUGUCUACUGAUAUCAUCAUACAUGGUGGUCAGUCAAAAAAUUUUAAUUUAACAGAGUAUGGUCUCAUAGUUAAAUGUCCUCCUGAUGCUCUUCCUACCAGUUUAUAUGCCAAAAUUAAUAUACGGUUAAGUUUAUCAGGCCCCUACGUUUAUCCUAAUUCAGAAAAAUGGAGAUCUGCUACUCCUGUUUACUGGAUAUCCAGUAGUAAAGAUCUUCUUAAUCCAAUACAGUUAGGAAUACGGCAUUAUGUUAGAGGAACAGCAAAUUCAAGUGUAAUUAAAGUUUUUACAGCUGAUGAUAGCCCCAAGAACCACUCAUAUAUAUUUAAAGAAAUUUAUAAUUUCACUGUUGAUGAAUCUUAUGUUUUCAUUUCAAUAAGUCACUUCAGUGGUUAUGAAGUCAGUACUUCAGAAAAACCUUUUUUUUCUGGAGCAUUGUUUAAGGAAGAGUUUCCUACUGAAGAAUACCAGUGGAACUACAAUUUCAUUGUGUUUUGUUCUACUUUUUCUUCAGUGAUCAAAAGCAAAUUAGAAUUUGCAACAAACUCAAGUUGGUCCGUAAUAAUAUCAUCUACUACAGUAAUUUUUGAAAAAAACAGCUCAUCAAUAGAGCUUGAUCUUUCAAAAAAUAAUCGAACUCAGAAUUGGGAUAUUGAGGCAAGGUUUACUCCACUAAUUUAUCAUAAGAAGUAUCUAAAUAAGUGUGAUGACAUUCAAUUCAAUAUGCAAUUUAGCCUACAUUGGAAGAAAAAUGACACAGCAUCAGAAAUCAGAAGCAUAUCCCUCCCUCUGAAGGGUGUAACUAAUCCCAAAUCAAUCACAAUUCCACUACCAGAAAUUAAAGAACCAAGCUUUCUGGAGAAGUAUGAAGUGAUCAUUUUAUUAUUAUGGAUAAUAAUUGUGGCAUUAAUCAUGCUUGUCAUAACAAGAAAUUGUCCUAAUCGGACUGCAGAAGCAAUAGAUAUAUUAAUGAAGGUGUUAAAAGUUCUGUUGAUUCCACUUCUAAGUAUUUUUCUAUGUAAGCUUUUCCCACUUUUAAGUGAUCUAAAAAAAAAUGGAAUUAUGGACGUGGAUCAAUAAAAUUAUAAACUAGUCCUUGCGUACGUAAAGCUAGCAAGGCCAAUAAUGUUUAAUUGGAUGAAAUCCUAACUUGUGAAGUAGUUGUUGUGUUUGUUUGUUUGUAUAUGCAUGAGGGGCAAAGCCCCUUCAUGUUUUACAUUUUUAAUGAUAAAAUAGUAAAUAUUAGUGAUAUUUUACACUGAAC